AUGUCAUAUAAUAGCUCGGCUUCCGAAGAGCAACAGCAACUACCAGAAGUCUUUCGACGUCUAGGCAAGACGGUGCCCCCAAGAGAAAGGAGAAGCUAUUCUGGUAGCCAACCGCCUCAAGGCUCAGGCUUCAGAUUUGUGCGCCCCUUCCAGGCUAAACCACACUAUCCUCCACCUAAUGAUUUCCAUCAUGCCAAUUACAAUAAUAUAGUCAUCCAAGCGUCUAUACCUUCUCCUCCCCUCUAUCACCGACCUCAAAUGAACAAUGAAAACAACACAAUGGGAUUUCAUACCACGUUUCGUUCUAACGGCAACAACAACAACAACAAUAACAACUCAUUGAAAAUGGACAAUACCCAGUCGAUACCUGUUCCUUAUCAUUCACCUGCUUCUUCUUCGAUUUCCUCUUCUACUCCUCUUUCUUCGUCUCCUUUACCACCACAAAACGGUUUCAGUUUUAUACCAAAGGAUACUAAUUCCAAUCCAAACCCCAUCAUUUCUUUUAUUCGCAACCCAAACACUGGUGCCAUGCCGUCUACUGCCUACAGCACCCCUUAUCAAUUCUUUGGCAAUGGUAACGUAAAUCAAGUAAGUAUGAACAGCGGUCAGCAAGUCUUACACCCAUCCCCGCCUGUCGCCGCCUCUGCCCCCGUGUCCAAUGUCGCCACUACUUCUGCUGAUGUCUCCUCGGCCCCUCCUCCUUCCCCUCAAGCCACGAUUUCUGGCGCCUCUGUGGUGUCAUCCUCAUCCUCCAAUGCCAAAAAAGAAAGCACAGCCUCUUCCUCUGACAAGAAGACAUCUUCACCGAGUACGUCUUCCUCUCGCAAAUCAGAACAAACGAAGCUUCAGAAACGGGUCCCCAAUGACCAUGGCUCCAGUGAUGAAAAUCAAGAGGAAGCUCCAUUUCAUCAAAGAGACAUUCUUGCCAAAUCCAUCAAAAUUAUCGCUUCUCGCCCAUUAGGGUCUGCAGAUAAAACCUCCUGUCGAAAGCAUACUCGUCAUAGUGAUAGUGAAAUAAGUAAUGGAUCAGAUGAAGAGAUUAUCGUCAAUCGAAAGAUUGUUGUCGCCUCUGAUGAUAUGGACCUGGAUUGCCAGAGCAAUGGACGUAAUAGUUCGCCUAUUCGAAAGAAGCAAAGACGACUCAUUUCGCCCACCAUUCCCGAGAGAAGAACAUCGCUAUCUGAUGGCUCUGAUGACGAUGAUUCUCCCAAUACAAAAAGCAGAUACAUCAUGCGGUCUCCCUCUCCCAUGUCUGAAGAUCGCCAUCGUCGCUCUCUAUCUCGCACCAGAUCCCGUUCUCGCGCUCGUUCAAGAUCUCGCUCUCUAUCUCCUUUAAGACAAACAAGACAACGCCGCAGAUCUGUAUCAUUCGCAAGACAAGACAGAGAUCAUUCUCCAGGUUCCAGUAGUGACGAGGAACUUGCACCUUUCUUGAGACGAGAAGCUGAUCGCUAUGUUCCUGAUUACCACAGAAGACCAUUGCCACCUCAAUGGCGUAAGAAAUCACCACCUGCGAGAAAGCCUCCAUCUCUCUCACCUGCAGAGACCAAUGCCGUCAAAAAAUCAUCGUCAUCAUCGUCUCCUUUGGCAAAGAAGUCUGCUUCCACUAACUCCAACAUGUCUAUUAAUGACCGACUCAAUCAAGAUCGACCCAAGGAUCUGAGAUCAUACCCUCCUCUUGGUACGUCGCCCAUGUCAUUCAAUAAUCCUAGAUCAAGAGCUGAAGCAGAGACAUCACCAUCUUCAAAACAAUCAUCUGCCAAGAAAUCUAGUCCUCUCAUCAGCCAUAACAUCAUUACAAAAUGCUCACCUAGUGUUGCAAAAGCCAAGAGCACCUCUGCCGCUGCUUCAUCUGCUCUGAAUACCAAGAAAAAUGCGUCUCCUGCUUCCGAAGCUGCCCAAUCAACACUUCAACCAAAUGGCACCAAGCCGGAUAGUACGAAUAGCAUUGACAACGACACCAACCUUAUACCUAUUAAACAAGAGACAACCACACAGUCGAUUAUUGAACAGCCUAAGCCUGUAGCCACGUUGAAUAAAGUGAGGAACAUUGAUGCCAUGGCAGGCAUUGAGACUCCAAGUCGGCAAACUACGCCUGCAAUGUCUAUGGACGGCUCUGCAUCUGUUACUCGUGUAAAUCAUGGCCAUGCUUCUCCCGAUACCUCGUCGAAUAAGCCCACUGCUGUUUAUGCACCCAAGGCCACUGUUGCCGCUGAAACCACAGCCCCUCAUCAACAACGCAAGCGCAAAGCUUUCAGUGAUACAUUGAUAGGGAAUGAUGCUGAAGCAAAUGCGAAUGUAUCAACAUCAUCGCCUGCUACUUCCUUUGUGAAACCUCUGGUAAAUGGUACACCAACAAACACUUUAACAGCAACCACCACCAUCAACGCCACCAGCACCACGCCCUCACCAGCAGUGAGUGGGUCAUCACAGCCUGCCAAACGUGCUACCAUCACGCCAGAAGCAAGAGCAGCCAUCAGAAAGAGAGCAGCAAAGGAACAAGAACGACUUGAUCAAGAACGCCUACGACAAUUGGAUAUUGAGGACCGCGAUGACAUUGUCAUGGACAUAGCAUGCCCUGCCAGUCAAUAUCGAUCUUCAGCAGUAACGAUGGCAAACAAAGAUCCCGUGAUGAAUGUGUCUGAAAACCAGAUAAAUAAGAGUACCGAAUUAAUGCAAACAAUGACGACAAUGGCUGAUCCAACCAACAUGACACCUUAUUCCCCAAAGCGUAACAACGACGAUGCUACCACGAAUGACGAGCAAGUAGCAGUUCCAAUUGUAAAUCACCCUACAUUAGUAUUAAAUAUGACAAAUCCCGAGAAUGCCCCUUCACCUGAUACGACGACAGCAGUAGGCACAAAUAGCGCAUUUACAAAUUUGGCAACAAGCAGUGAUAACAUGUCUGUCCCUGAUGGUAACAUCACGGAGCAGACUAAGUCAAUGCCAUUACAAACUCUACCUCCUGCAUCCUCCUCCUCCUCCUCCUCCUCCUCCAUAUUAGAAGCUCCCAUUGCGCACGUCUCUAUUGCUGUAGCGGCGGCAGCUGUUACGAAACCAGCGGCCAAAAAGAACUCCAGAAGACGAUUACCAACACCAUGGAAGGUCAAGAUGAAUGACUCUGGUGACAUUUACUAUCAUAAUCCUGUUACGGGAGAAGAAACAUUUGCUCGACCUGAAUAA